AUGUGUGAAGGUAGCAGCACGAACCCCGCGACCCGGCCGGCCACAUCAUCGACGCCUGCGGCAACUCAACCCAACAACGCAACCGAUCAUGAAGUCGUGCUUGUUGCUGAGAACAUUGAGAGUGAUGCUGCGUCAGACCUCGGCAGCAGUGUCGCAUCCUCAAGUACGAGUGUCAGCAGCUCUGUUUUGGAAUACAGGAUGGAAAAUGGAAGAACAUAUCACGCUUACAAAGAUGGCAGUAUGUGGGAAUCACAGCCGCCCCCGCUCUUUGUCGUUGGAGUCUCUGACAUAAGCCGCUCAUCAGAAUACUUCUUCCCAAAUGAUGAAAGGGAGAAUGAUAGACUCGACCUCCAGCAUAACCUCUUCAUCCUGACUUUUGACAACAAGCUCGCGACAGCCCCGCCCAAUGACCCAGGAGCGAAAGUCGGACAUGUCCUUGAUGUUGGAACCGGCAGCGGCAUCUGGGCUAUUGACUUUGGGGAAGAGCACCCUGAUGCUGAGGUUUGUGGAGUUGAUCUCUCGGCUGUUCAGCCUGACUUUGUGCCACCCAAUGUCAAGUUCGAGAUAGACGAUAUUGACCAACCCUGGACAUUCUCGGAACCAUUUGACUACAUUCAUAGUCGGAUGAUGAAUUCGUCUAUCAAAGAUUGGAAGGCCUACAUUCAGACGUGUUUUGAUAAUCUAAGCCCUGGAGGGUACUUGGAGCUGAUCGAAUUCGAUGCUGUGCCGACGUCCGACGAUGGGACGUUGAAGCCCGACUCGGCGAUCAAGAGAUCCGCUACGCUGCUUUUCGACGCUGCAGCCAUUUUGGGUCGACCGUUCGAGGACAUUAGCAGAAUGAAAGAAGUCCUGACCGAGACCGGGUUCAGGGAUGUCCACAAACAGCUCUACAAGUGGCCGACAAACUCGUGGCCCAAGAACCCUAAACACAAGGAGUUGGGGAUUUGGAACCACGAGAAUGCCAUUGCUGGGUGGGAGGGUUUCUGCAUGGCUCCGUGUACGCGGGUCCAUGGUUGGAGUAGGGAAGAAGUUCUCAUUCUUAUGGCGGAGGCCCGGAAGGAAUUCAAGGAUAGGACAAUCCAUGCGUACUUCAACAUCUGGUCUAUUUAUGGAAGGAAACCUCUCGUCUCUGAGGAGCCUUCGAAUUAG